AUGGUCUGCGCAGAACCUAGCGAUUUUGUACCGCAGUUGUAUACGUGGGCAGCAAAAGAUAACUCAAAUGAGCUCUUACGAGCCUACUCAUUUGGCCUUUUGGCGUCUGCACUUGAAGCGCAAGGAAAUGCACACAAAUACCGACUCAAUAACAUCGACCUGCUCCCGGUUGCACUUCGAAGACUUGCAGAGUUGAAGACUCGUAUGUUUGAGGAACGUGCUUUGGCCGAGCAACAAAACGCUACAAAUGGGGAAGACCAACAUCGCAGCGAUUCUCCGGGACCUUUCUCGAAUGUGAAUGGUUUGGACACAGAAGAGAUGAGUUCAGAUGGUCAGGCUGGUGGCAAUUCUAGCAAUGAGAACACGAGGUUGAGCGGAAAAAAGACAGAAGACCCCGUUGCACUCACUGCUCCGAGACCUAGAGCGCCUUCCCUUCGUGUCCAACCACCCGCAGCUCCUACUAGAGUCAGUCCUGAUGGUUCCCCUCCACCGAAGAAAAAGAAGAAGAUGUCAAAGAAUGAGCGGAAAACUCCAGUUGAGAUGGUCAAAGUACCAUCACUUGCAUCGCUACAUAAUUUUGAAAAUAGCAACAGUACUUGGAAUGUGAUGCAACCCUAUGUCAUAGGUACUCAUAAGAUAUAUCCAUUGUCUAUCACAAUGCAUCAAAGGCUUAUCCUGCAGUACCUGAUUCCGACAGGAGAGUACCAAGAUGUGAGCUUAUCCUAA